CGCGCGGGAUUGUGGGAGUCCUGGAAGGGGCCGCCGGGGGAAGAAGAUGGCGGCGCAGGGAAGAGCCCGAGGGGGUGGCGGCGGUAGCGAGGAGGAGUGCGGGUCUGGGCGCUCGGAGUCGGAGCUGCUGUUACUGCAUCCGGAGCUGCUCUCGGAGGAAUUCCUGCGGCUCACCCUGGAGCAGAAAAAUAUAUUAGGUGAAAAUGAUGUAAAGAUGGACAAAGAUGGACUCACUGAUCUCUAUAUUCAACAUGCCAUUCCCCUGCCUCAGCGUGACUUGCCAAAAAGUAGAUGGGGGAGAAUGAUGGAAAAGAAAAGACAGCAAAAUGACUUGAAAAGUGAGAAGAAAAGUGUUACAGCAGUGGAAGGUUUAAGGAAACGGCCAUUAAUUGUAUUUGAUGGCAAUUCUACAAGUACAAGCAUAAAGGUGAAAAAGACGGAGAACGGAGCUGCUGAGCGCCUGAAGCCUCCUCCAGCUGGAAGCACCACCAACACAGUCAGGAGAUUAUCAGUUCCUUCCAAUGCCUCAACAUACCUUUCAGCCUCCAGUUUGUCAGAGGACGCUAAGCUGGGAAUAAGGAAUAAUGAGGCUCAGCGGAACAAUAUUUCAAAGACUGACAGCAGUGUGUUGACUGGUCUGAAGGUUUACCCUUUGUCUCCAAUAGCAGGAACUACUGUUGUGAAGUUAAAGAGGUCUGUUCCGAAAGAGGAAUCUGAUUUGCCGAAUGACCUAAAGCCUUCGGAAGCAAAGAAGAAAAUCCAGCAUGUUACAUGGCCAUGAAGUAGCGAAUGGUGCUCAAAACAUAAAUAUUACUUCCGUAUUUUCAAAUAGAUAGGUCAUAUUUAAACAGUUUAAAUAAAAUUAUUUUAGAAUUUACAGACUUACAGAGAUUCAGAUUGCUGUGAAGUUUUAACAAGUUUAACAGCUCCCUGUUGUAAAGCUGGAGUCACUAUCACCAGUCACCUUAAAAGUAUCCACUCUUGUACACCAAGUAGUUAAUUACUUCUUUAAAAGGUGGUGAUAUUACACUAUACUGAACCCUCCACUCUUAGUUUUCAAGAUUAUUAUAGUUCAUCUCCUCCAUGUCACUGUGAUUCACACAUUGUUUCACUAAGAUUCAGUUUUAUUCCACAUCUGAUUAAAUAUUAAAAUAGCUAUUGAAUUUUAGAGUCAUCCCUAGAGACUUCUUGGCUAUAAAAAGGUAAUUAAUUUAGGUGAAAAAACUGACCAUUCUGCUGAUAAGAUAAUCUACAGAAUUUUUUUUUCCUUUUUAUUGCACAGGAGUGUAGAAUUUGCAGUGCAAGUUAGGUUGGUAAUAAGAGAUGAACUAUUUUAACAGCAUUACUUCAAAUUGAAGUUUCUCUUGAUAUAUGAAACAAGGAAUGCACAGAUGGAAAUACAUGACUAGACUGAUAGGAAACUUUGAGAGGAAGUAGUGAAUGGAUUAGUGCCGUGGUCUCUUUAAGUACACAGGCAUAUUUUUUACAUGCAUAAGUGUAAAAAUGUGCCAGUGUAGGAAAUUUGAUUGUUUUCCUGGUUACAAUCAUGCUUAUUUAUAAAAUAUGGGGAAAACCAAUGGAAUGCAGACCAGUGCUUUCUCAGCCUACAGACAGUUGAAGAGGGAUAUGGAUUGGAAGACAGAAGUACCUUGAGAGCAUUAACACAUGUAAUUGCACUCUAGAAAAAGUCCCACAAACCUUUUUUCCCUUCCCUUGAUAAUUAAAGAUGGAUUUUGGUUUUCUGUGAAAAUUGGUGUUUCAUCUGGAUUAUUGGAGUGCCUCACAGGGCAAAAAUCCAAUUAAGUUGAUGGAAACAUUUUUAUUAAAACUCAUUGGCUCAGGGUGAAGCCAGUUUAGAUCAGUUUUAGAUAGGGAUGGUAAAUAAGAAUAAUAAGAAUGCUCCCAGACUUGGUAAAACCAAAAAAGAAUCAACUUCUGAAUCCACCUAGUUAACCCAGUAAAAGAAGUUUGGUAGUGAUCUGAAAGCUUGUUUACAUUUUUAACUUUGGUUUGUAUUGAAACCAAAAACUGUAGCUUAGUUCUUUACAGAAGUUCUCCAUUCACUGUUAUGAUGUAAAAGGCACUUCUCGAAUGCUGUAAAAUGGUAAGGAUGUGUGUUUUGAAAUGGUGUGCUCUCUCCCUUUUACUAAACACUUGUGCAGUUUUUGUACUUGAGUACAGCAAACUUUAACGUAAUGUACAUUUUUUUAUGUAAAGACUUGUCUUUUAAGUAGCCUUAUCCUAUUUAAAUAAAUUAAAUUAAAAGCAAA